GCGAUUGGCUCCUCGUGGAUUCUUCGCUCACGUGAUCAGUUUCUGUGCUGUUAUCCCAGGAGGUUGAGGGUCUGCUGGUGUGCACGAUAAUUGGUGACACUGUGAACACAUGAAUGGCAGGAGAAGACUGUUAGCUGCCUCUGUAAUUUCUGUCCAAAACUCCAGCUUUGUGUAUCCUUCGUGUCAAAACUGCUUUUCUAAGCUGAUACUAGAUUCUAAUAGGUUUAACUGUCUAAAAUGUGGCUGCACGGGUGAAGCUAAGGAUGCAAACUACAGGUAUAAGCUGUCCCUAAAAGUUGCUGGCACUAGUGAUUUAUUUGACAUUACCGUGUUUGGAAGCUCUUUAGAGCCAUUCUUUGGGGUCACGGCAGGAAGUCUGCAGAGGUAUAUUCAAGAUUUUAACCAAGUGUCAGGAGAGCUGGAUAGAGAUGCAUCUCCACGUGUGUUAAUUCAAGCAGUCAAAACUUGUUUCAUUGGGAGAAGAUUUAUAUUUGGAGUGAAGAGUUCUGAAAACCAUGAUGGAGGGCACUCUGUUUCUGACAGCAUUUUGCCAAACUGCUCCAGAAUUAAUAGACUUAAAAGAGAUCUUACAGCCUGCCAGAUCUUCCUGCCAAACACUGCUGUUGCCGGCUUUACUGUUAUCAGCUACUUCCAUCGGCUCCUGCAAUCUGCUAAUUUCAGGAGCAGUCACAGUAGCUCACAGCAACCCGAUUGUCCUUUCAUUGCAAUAGAUGAGCCUAGCAGUGAGCUCAGCAGCUUGUGUAGCUCUGGCAGCAACUCAUGUUUUGUUCAGUCAAGUGGCCGAGAGAGUUUUUCAGUACCCUGGCAGCAGUCCUUUGGCCUGACUUCUUCAUCUGUUGAGUGGGUAACAACAGAAGAUUUUUCAUCUUUAGAACUGAGCAAGGCUGCUGGUGAACAGUGUAAACUACAGGAGAGAGACCAAACCAUUCAAAAUUUGCAGCUCUGUAACUCUAUGAAUGAGAGAAAUGAACAGGAAGAUAGUGAAUUAAAUGCACUAUCCAGUAGGUCAGACACAAUCACUGUCUCUGAAAAACUAGAGAGCUGCUCUCAUUUAAAGAGAGAAUGGUCACCUGACAGGAACAGCUCUAGGUUGUUACAAAGUCCAUUGGAUUUGGGGAUAAAAUACUCUUGCCUAGAGAUUAUCAGCAGACGUGAUUACUGUCCAGAAAAAUCUGGGAACUCCUUGCUUUGCCAGAGAAAAGAUGAUUCAUUUUGCUCCUCAGCAGUGUCUCCUAAUCAUGGAAGUGCAGCUGGAACUUCUCAGGAUGACCCUAUGAUUUGGGACGAGCUGCCGUUCUCUGAAAGUCUAAAUGAUUUCAUAGCCAAAAUUGAAAACAACAAGAGCACCAUAUCCCCAGUAGGUCUCAAUGCUCAUAAAUGUUCCCUUCGUGAAAGAAACGAUUUGGAUGAAGAUCAUAGCAAAACAUCUUGUAGGCAAGGCAUUGUACAUGUUGCCUGCAAAUCAGCCACCACAACAGGGAGGGUCCCACCACUAGCAGAGAAUGUGAAUACUUGCAAAGAGCAUAUUCUCUCCUGUCAUCAAUCACACCUCACUCCUGUAAAUGGCCACGUAUCACAAUGUGAACCUUUGUACAGCAUUUUAUCUACGAGUACUAAGGGAGGCAGAGAGUCUGACUUUAUACCUGACCCACCUCUGCUAGUGCUGUCGCAGUCCUCAGCAGUUAGAGCAACUUGUGUUCUUUCAGCGGGCAGUUUUCUACAAUCUGAGAAAGCAAAUGCUAAAAUUUCAAACAAUGCCCAUUCUUUCACCAACCUUCAGUGUACUAUGAAAGAUGCAGAAAUCUCAUAUUUACAAAGGAGAGAGAACCCCGCCCAUUUACGUUCUCUGUAUGAUGGCUGCAUAGCUGAUUGGGAAAAUAAAGAAAAUUGUAGUUAUCUAUCAAACCUAAGAACAGAUCUUACAAGCUCUCAGGAACUGGGCUGUGAUUCAGCAGCUCCCUACAAUGCUAAAAAUACUUGUAAGAGAGAAUUGGAACCAUUAACUGAAUUGCAAGAAAAUACUGUUAGAGCUAUAAACCAGAAUGAUGUGCUACAAAACAACCUCAAUUACUCCAAAAGCAGCUACAAUGCUUCUGCUGACCUCUUUGAGGCUAGUGCCAGAGAGAUAGAAACCAUGGUAGAAUUUUCAAACAAGUCUCGCAACUCUUCAGCACAGGAAGAUGUUUUGACUGAAAAGUACACAGCAUCUGAAUUAGUGUGUAGUCCUUUAGAUGUUGGCUGCAGCUAUUCAGAGUGCAGAUCCUCACUUAGUUUACCACCUCCUUUUGGUAAACACAGUACACCCAUAAAUUAUUCACUUUAUGAUUCAGAACUUGAUCUGGUAGAUACCCAGAACUUUGUUCCUUACUCACAGUCAACUCCUGUUGCAAGACCUCUUCAAAAAUUCAGAUCCCAGAGGGGGAGAGAAUCAGUUCUCCCUAAAUUGACAUCUAAAAGUCCUACUAAAAUCCGCUGCAAAUCUAAACAGUCUAGGCCAUCUUUUAAAAAUACUUUAUUAAGACAACUUACCAGCAAGUUCCUGAAACACAAAAGAUCAAGUAAGACAGCCAUCAAUAAAUCUGUUUCACAGCAGUCAUUUAUCAACAGCGAGGUGCCAGAGAAUGAUUCUAAAGAAUGGAUCCCUCCAUCAGCAACAAAAUUGUUACAGCCAGUUGCAUUUUGUAAUUUAAAAACAGCUGGGCUCCAGGCUUGCAAUCCAACUAUCUGCAAACGCAUUGACAAAAAGACUAUUUCUGAAAACAGAGUCAGCAGUGGAAAGUCAAGAACUGAUACAUGUUUAAGAAGCAGAAAAUUAAAUCCUAUGAAUAGAGCUGGAAUUCCAACAACUCCUAUACCUGCAAAUGCUGCUAAGGCCUUGUUUCUAAAAGAUGCAGUCUCUGGAACUUGUGCCUGCUCAGAAACCCAGAAGAGCCAUUCAUGUGCAACUUACUUAGUGGGUGGACUGGAUGAGGCAGUUAGCUGGUCUCCUGAACUAUUUACAGAAAAAUACUAUUUCUAAGUAUGUGGCUUUUGGAAAACCUCAUUUUUGUUUCAUUUUUGGAAGUGUGCCAGCAUUGCCAGAGAAGGAAAAGGGACGUUUUUAAAAAGUUUAAUUAUUCACGUCUCUCAGCAUCUGUCUCGUUUUAAGAUGAAUUCUACUUAGCUGCAAAGCUUUUUGUCCUGCACGGAGGUUGAGGAACACAGAACCCUGCUGUCACAUUAUUUUAUUGUGGAUGAAAUGACUGAGCUAAAAAAAGUGAAAUAAAAGUUUAACAUUAA